ACCGGAGUCAUAAGAGGAUAGUAUAGGCUCCUCGGCUGCUCAUUUUUCCGGAAGGCUGGUAUCGCCGCUCGUCUUGGGCUGCCACAAGAUUUCCUUGUUUUUCUUUCUCUUUUCAUGUCAUUGGCUUCCUCGCCCGCCCUCUUUUGCUUCCAUUUCCCUCUCUCUAUCGUUCUCUCAGCACUCGAUUCUAAUUUUGGAAGCAUGGAACCUCGGGGAGUGCUCUCCCAAAGCUAUUUAUGUCCUCGCCUUUCCUUAUCUUCCUCCUCUCCUCCUCUGCCUCUCAUCAGACAGGAGGAGAACAGCGUGAGGAUCCUUUGAUGCAGGGGAAUUCAGCGUCUCCUCGUAUCUGUUUUGGUGCGGUGUUAUUAGCUGUGGGAAGUGGCGAAGACGCAGCUGCAGCUCGCAGCUAGUCCAUCCUGAUGCAAAGCCACUGCACACAUGGAGCUGAUGGCGUCCAUCAUUUUGCAGCCGGUGGAAAUGUGGCAACUUUUACAAAGUGGCUCUCAGUGAUUGUCCAUUUUCCUCACUUUGUUCGGGCAAGGCUUGGAUUGGAUGCACCAGAGGAGGCAAACUUCUUGAUUUGAAAGACCAGACAGUGUUAAGGAACUGGCUCUGCAGGGAUCUGGACUCCAGAUGAUAUAGAAACACCACGCCGUACAAAGCUUAGUCUAUUCGAAGGAGUUUCUCGCAAUUGGUCUCAUCUUCCGAUUCAUCCUUUCAAUUGGAUCGAUUCUUCCAGCUGAACCCAAGGGAAGACUUUUCUGCAUCAUAGAAGAGGAUCAGUUUGAGGAGAAAUUUACAACAAAGCGACUUGAAAUUCAACAAAGAAUUCCCUAAUCAAACACAGCAUUGUUUUGGAUUUUUCAAUGGAAUUUCCCCAAUUUAUUUUUGGAGCUAAAAGAAUUAUUCCCCCCCUCGAAAAAAAGCAGCUUUCAACUUAAAAAGCUUGUAAAUGAUUACUCAUAUCCUCCCCAAAAUGAGUAAGCCGCACUUCUUGAAUACAUGGCAGUAUUCAUGAAAAGGAACUGAAUCGUUUUGAGGGAAAGUAGAGCACUUCUCUUCUUUUGGCAUGCUGUUGCAUCCCACGGUGUCAGGAUUGUGCACCAUGUUGCAGACCAUUUAUGAGACGGAGUCGUGUUUUUCCUCUGCCGGCACAGACAGCCAACAGCCUCUGGAGCUCCUGAGUAGCAGCAGGGGCUCCACCACUGCCAUGCCCACAGCCGUCGUGGAGGUGAAAAGCAGCCUCCCAUCAGGCAUGCAGAGCCCGGCAGGAACAGCAAGUGGAGGAGUGGCUGGAGAAGGUGGUUCGGAAGAAGGCUCAGGUGGUGGAGGAGGCCCCGUCGACCUGCGCACCGAGCCCAGGUUGGGAUCUUUGCCAGUGGGAACUGCAGGAGUGGACACCACUUUGAGAGAGCAGCAGCUCCAGCAUGAACUAGUACUACUUAAACAGCAGCAAGAACUCCAGAAACAACUGCUAUUUGCUGAAUUCCAGAAAAAACAUGAAGUGCUAACCAGACAACAUGAAGUCCAGCUACAGGAACACCUGAAGCAACAACAGGAACUGCUGGCAGCAAAGCGUCAGCAAGAGUUGGAGCAGAAGCGAAAACUGGAACAACAAAGACACGAAGAGCAGGAGAAACAACGACUGGAGCAACAGCUGCUUCUACUUCGGAAUAAGGAGAAAGGCAAAGAGAGUGCCAUCGCCAGUACCGAGGUCAAGUUGAAAUUGCAGGAAUUCCUUCUGAAUAAGAAAGAACCUGGUAUCGGCGGACUGAACCAUUCCUUCUCCUCAAAGUGCUGGGGAGGCCAGAACAUUUCCCUGGAACAAAAUUCACCACCCCAGAGUAACACUCCAGGAACUCUUCCAUCUUACAAACUUCCCACGUUACUGGGUAACUACGAGGGCAAGGAUGACUUUCCGCUCCGCAAAACAGUGUCUGAGCCUAACCUGAAGGUGCGUUCACGGUUGAAACAGAAAGUCGCAGAGAGGCGGAGCUCUCCACUCCUCCGAAGGAAAGAUGGAACUGUCAUUAGCACCUUCAAGAAAAGAGCCAUUGAGAUUUCAGUCUCUCCUCUCUGUAGUAGCGCUCCAGGUUCAGGGCCCAGCAGUCCCAAUAGUUCCAAUUCAGCCAUUGCUAAUGGCAACACUGGUUCUGUACCCAACAUACAGACCGAGCUUAGAUCCCUUCAUCAGACGCUAGGAGCCGAUGGGACGCUGAGUCCACUAAGUCUCUACACCUCACCUUCUCUGCCCAAUAUCUCCUUAGGACUUCCUGCUAACACACACAUCACGGCAUCCCAGAAGUUGUCAAGCCAACAGGAGGCCGAGCGUCAAGCCAUUCAGUCACUUCGGGCAGGUGGAGCGCUAACUGGGAAGUUUCUCUCCACAUCCUCUCUCCCUGCAGGGGUGGGACACGAUGUCGAGACUCCGAGCUCGCACUCUGCUCAUUCGUCAUUAUUACAGCACGUGCUACUACUGGAGCAGGCCAGACAGCAAACGGCAAUGCUAUCGGUCCCUAUGUACAGCCAGUCGCCCUUGGUUACAGCAGAAAGAGGCGUGUCGAGCGGCAUGCGAUGCGUCAACAAGUUGCCCCGCCAUCGAUCUUUAACUCGUACCCAGAGCGCACCUUUGCCCCAGUCGCCCCAGGCCCUCCAGCAACUUGUAGUUCAGCAGCAACAUCAGCACUUUCUGGAGAAACAUUACAAGAUGCUUUCCAAGGCUUCAGAUUUACCCAGACCUCCUCCCACUCACCCAGAGGAGACAGAAGAGGAGCUCACAGAGACCAACGACAUGCAGGAGGAUGACGUAGGGACAAGCAUUCACAGAGCUCCGACGGAGGCGUCGGACGAGCCCACCAUCCCCUCUGACAGACUUAGCGUGCAUGCAAAGGAGGAAGAACGAGGAGUUGGACACGUGAAAGGGGAAAGCACAGAAAGCGAACUGGAUGAAGAAGAUGAGGAAGAUGAUGUCAUCCAGCUGGGAGAUAGCGAGGAAGACGGCAGGGCUAGCUACUCUCAGGGCUUGCAACAGAUGGGUGUAUUCCACUCCUCGUUGCCUCACAGACCUCUGGGAAGAGCACAGUCUUCUCCUGCAGCCACCCUCAACCCUGUCAGACAUCUCUUUACCACGGGACUUGUUUAUGACAGUUUGAUGUUAAAGCACCAGUGCGUAUGUGGAAAUGCUCAUAUCCACCCAGAGCAUGCUGGGAGAGUGCAGAGCAUCUGGUCCAGGCUGCAGGAGACAGGCUUACUGGGCCGCUGCGAGAGAAUUCGUGGGCGGAAAGCUUCCCUGGAUGAGAUCCAGACUGUCCAUUCCGAAUUUCACACCCUGCUUUACGGAACCAGUCCUCUGAAUCGACACAAACUGGACCACAAGAAGCUAUUGGGUCCAAUCAGCCAGAAGAUGUACGCUGUUCUUCCGUGUGGAGGAAUAGGGGUGGACAGCGACACCGUGUGGAAUGAGAUGCACUCGUCUGCUGCUGUCCGCAUGGCGGUGGGCUCCGUUAUUGAGCUGGCCUUCAGAGUGGCAGCAGGGGAACUGAAGAAUGGCUUUGCAGUUGUGCGUCCACCAGGGCAUCAUGCAGAGGAAUCCACUGCCAUGGGUUUUUGUUUCUUCAAUUCAGUAGCCAUCACUGCCAAGCUACUCCAGCAGAAACUGGGAGUGGGCAAAAUCCUCAUCGUGGACUGGGACAUUCACCAUGGUAACGGCACGCAGCAGGCCUUCUACAGUGACCCCAACGUCCUCUACAUUUCCCUCCAUCGCUACGAUGACGGCAAUUUCUUUCCUGGUAGCGGAGCUCCUGAGGAGGUGGGAUCGGGCGAAGGUGUUGGUUUUAAUGUCAACAUAGCAUGGACUGGAGGAGUAGAGCCCCCUAUGGGUGAUGUUGAGUACCUCACUGCCUUCAGGAGUGUGGUGAUGCCCAUUGCUCAGCAGUUCAGCCCAGACGUGAUUCUGGUGUCUGCAGGCUUUGACGCAGUGGAGGGUCAUCAGUCUCCUCUCGGCGGUUACAUUGUCUCUGCCAAAUGUUUUGGUCUGCUCACACAGCUCCUAAUGGGUCUGGCUGGUGGGCGUGUUGUUAUGGCGCUAGAGGGAGGUCAUGACCUCACCGCCAUCUGUGAUGCAUCAGAAGCCUGCGUUUCUGCGCUCCUCGGAGAUCCGAAUGACUCUGCAUUUCAGUGGCCUCAAGAGAAGCCAUGUCCUAAAGCCUGUGCCUCUCUAGAAAGAGUGAUAGAAAUCCAGAGUAAACACUGGCCUUGCCUCCAGACUUUGUCUCAGACGAGCAGCCACUCGAUAUUGGACGGAGCGCAGAUUCAAUCGGAGAAGGAUGAGGCAGACACGGUUAGCGCCAUGGCAUCUUUGAGCGUCGAUGUGGAGCAGUCAGGCUCUGCCGCCAACGUCACCGACGCCAGCAGGUCUACAGAAGAGCCAAUGGAAGAGGAGCCUGUUUUGUAAGAGGGACGCAACCUUGAACGCCACCAUAACCUCUUCCUGGCACCUUACUCUACCUUCUCACGGACCGUGUAUAGGUACACACAUUCACACUGAGUGGAAAUGUUGUGGAUGACCUCGAACGGUGGAGGAAACGCUCACAAAGUCCAGUUCUCUCCACGGGAGGAGCAGACAAAUUGUAAGCGUAUCCACGGCAACUGGCGGAGGGGCACGUCAGCACGGACACGCCUCUCGUGCAGCGUUGACUCUCCCUCCUCUCCUUUCAACCUGCACACAGCACCACCUUCUUUUGUCACGUCUACGAGUGACAGUCGGACAGUGCGGCUCUCCGCCGACGGAGCAGCAAGUUGGAAGACGAACGGAGGACGAGGAGGAACUAGGUGCCUUUUUGUCCACUCACACACACACACACACACACACGCGUGCGUGCGCACUGGCACGCAGACAAUAAGAAGACAUCCAAUCAGAAACAGUAAAGAGCAACCACCGCAGCACCUCAGUAAACCAACCAGCCAAUCAGGACUGAAGGAACACAGCAAUGCGCGCGCGCACACACGUUCAGCUGUUGUUUCACGUGGCCACUUCAUUUUCGUGUCGAUUUCUUCUCAUCUGGUUGCCUUAAUUUGUCAGUUGUAUGUAUUUUAGAGAGGAAGAAUUUGGAAACCCUUUUUGAAAAAGAGGGGGCUGGGGUCCGGCCAGCUUUAAAGACAUUUUAUUUAUUCUUUCAACUAGCGUAUAUAACGUGUGUCGCUUGAAACUACCAUAUUUUUUGUCCCCCCCUCAUUCUUUCCUCGAGAAAAGCGACCGUGGGAUUGUGGUGUAUGACCACCCCAUCUCUCUCUUUUUUUAAUUUGUAGUCAUCUUUGUUUUUUUUAAUCGUAUUGAUGUAAUAACGUGUCAUGUCCUGUUGCCCACAGUUGCAUCACAGUGUCAGUCAUUUUUCUAAAUCUGUAUAUACUUCUAUGUAAAAACAAAACACACAGACGAGAUUUUUUUUAAUGUAAAAACGAAACACACACACAAGAUAUUUUUUUUAUAAUAAAUACAGGAAAUAUAUUUAUCAUCCCUGACGCUGACAUAGGGAUUGGUCAAAAUGUCGCGAAUAUAUCUGUGUACUUAAAA